CAGCCAGGAGGAGUUUAGGAGAGGCAGAGCACACUUUAACAGUUUGUUGUUGAAUCUGGUGACUUGUUGCGUAACGGUGAUGCGCAAAACCCAAAUAACGAUACAGUUUACCACACAUUGUUGUUUUUAUUAGUUUUUAUCUUAAAAGAAAAGUUUGUAUUCGGUGUUUUUUGGCAGACCUUUAACUGGUUUUUAACUCGGCUGGACUAACAUGGCAGAGGGAGACUUCUACACGAUGGGAAACCGGCAGAGGUUUCCCAGGGAUCCGUUUGGAGAGUCUCCGUUCAGGGAUCAACUGGGAUCUCGGUUUAUGGAGGAUGACUUUGGGAUGCCCGCUUUCCCCGAAGAUCUGUCCAUGGACUGGCCGGGCUGGGCUCGGCCGGGCCGGCUCGGCACGCGCCUCAGUUCCUCGCCCUUCAGCACCACUUUACGCACAGGUUUCCCCUCACGCCAGUCCACGGGAGGCCCCACGCUGUACACCAGUAUGUACGGCGAGCCUUCCUCCCGGAGCUCCCCCACCACCACCGGGGGCGAACCCUGGAAAGUUUGCGUGAACGUCCACAGCUUCAAACCAGAGGAAUUAAACGUCAAAACGAGAGACGGUUUUGUAGAAGUGUCAGGAAAACAUGAAGAGAAGCAGGAAGAAGGAGGCAUAGUGACAAAGAAUUUCACAAAGAAAAUACAGUGA